AUGGCAAGAAUAGCAGUUAUUGAAGAUAGCGACGAUGAGUUUCCCGAGAUCGCGGAGCUGCUUAAGGCGCCGAAGAUAGCGAGGGGUGCUGCGACUACGUCAACAUCAUCAAGACCUAGGGAGGAACAGCGCGCAAAGGAACGCAGCGCGUCACGCGAUGAGGAAGUACGGAAAGGGGGAUUAAAUCAAAGAGAGGGAUUUCAAACGGGGAGAAUGGAGGAAGAUGAGAAUUCUGGAUCCGGGAAAUUAAAGAUGCCGAGUGCGAGAUUGCGAGGCUCCCAAACUGCAAUGUCAACAUCAAGACCGAGAGAGAAAAAGCGCCCAAAGGAGAGCGGCGUGACAGCACCCGGUGAAGAAAUCUGUGGAUUUAUGGCACAGGAGGAGCGUGCGAUUGAAGCGAGAAAGGCAAAGCCCAAGAAAAGAGUCCUGAAACAGAAGACGGAGAAUCCGUUAUUACGCCCGAUUGCUGGUACUUCAGCUGCGUCUUCGAGUUUCCUGCCAAGGGAGAAGAAGGAGAGGAUUAAUCCUACGGAAGCGAGGGGCGUUGCGGUUAGAAGUAAAAGGGCCGUUUCUAGGCCGUUGCCGAAAUUUGAGGAGGAUGAGCGGGAUACUGAUGGAGAGUCGGAUGGGAUAUCUGAUUUUAUCGUUAGUGAUAAUAGCAGCUUGGGGGAAGAGGAAGAGGAAGAGUCGAUUGUUGAAAAGGUGGCACCGAGGUCUACUAGGAAGCUAGUUAGAGGGAGGCGGCCACCGACGGAUGCGGCUCCAGUUGAUGAGUUGAACUUGCAUAUGGUUAAGUUGACAGUCCAGGAUCUUCCCGUACAGCUCGCCGAGCCUGCUGUGGAGACUAUAAUGGGAGAGUUUGAUGAUACUGAGGAGCGGCAAAAGGUGAGAAGCGGACGGGGGCGUAUCAAGGAGAUCUCAGACGACGUUCAUAAGAAAGCGACAAAGCCGGCAAAGGAGAUUGCAAAACCCAGGAGAAAGCCAAAAGUGCAAAGUUCAGAUACUGAGGAUCCUUUCACGCGCCAUUUUUCCCCGCCACAGGACAAACCCAGGAAAAUAUCCAACGAGGCCAGAACCAGAUUUACAACACCACCCAGCAGCCCCGAGAUAAAACCAAAAGGGUUGGUAUCUCCUUCAAAAAAGCCUCCUCGCAUACCACGCACCCCUCAUCGACCUAGUAUGGAUACCUUCUGGAGUCAGGAUGUCGUCAACGACUGGAAUGACGAGUACUCCCCUCGGAAAGAGGCCAAAACAAGACUUAAAUCCCAACCCGGAGAAGACGAAGACACAUCCGGAGGCACACUGCUAUUCUCCCCAGCCAAGAAAAGCCCCGUCAAGCAAACCAAAACCGCUCGUGAUGCCAAAAAAGCAUUCUCCGAAAAGAAGAACGCCAUCGCCCACUCCUUCCUCGCAGAGCUCGACGAGAAGAUCACAGACAACAAAAUCGCCGGGUUCUGCGCAUCAACAGGCGGCGUGAAGAUAGCCUGGAGCAAGAAACUACUAUCCACAGCCGGACGAGCGAACUGGAAACGCGAGACCAUCAAAUCCAGCGGGCUCGGUCCGGAUGGCAAGCCGGCACCCCCAACAUACAGGCACCACGCAACUAUAGAACUCGCUGAGAAAGUCAUCGACGAUGAAGACAGGCUGCUAAACGUGGUGGCUCACGAGUUCUGCCAUCUGGCGAACUACAUGGUCAGCAAUAUGAAAACCAACCCGCACGGCAAGGAAUUCAAAGCCUGGGCCUCGAAAUGCUCGCAUGUUUUUGGGAACCGCGGGAUUAGAGUCACGACGAAGCAUUCCUAUGCUAUUGAUUACAAAUAUGUGUGGGAGUGCGAGAACUGCGGAUUGGAAUUCAAACGGCAUUCGCGAAGCAUCGAUCCGAAAAGACACCAGUGUGGGGUUUGUAAGAGUAAAUUGGUGCAGACGCAGCCGGUGCCGAAGAAUGGGGGGAAGGUUAGCGAGUAUCAAGUGUAUGUUAAGGAGAAUAUGGCGAGGAUUAAGGAGGAGAAUCCCGGGAGUCCGCAGAAGGAGAUUAUGGGAUUGGUGGGGAAGGGGUAUGGGGAGUUUAAGGCUUUGAAGCUUGGGGGGGUGAAGGGGGAGGGUGUUGGCGUUGGUGGUGAGGGCGGAAGUAGGGAAGUGAGCGUUGAGGAUGAUAGGGGUGGAGUUGGGGUCGUCGCGAAGAAGUUGGAUUUCUUGGACUUGAAGAGUCUGUGA